CGGCGGUGCGGGCGGCUGUUCUCGGCGCUCUGAGAUGUGGGGCGCGGCCGGCGCAGGGCUCAUGUAAUCAAAGAAGUUUCUUUGUUGUGUGUAUCUUUACAGAACACAACAGGAAUUGAAAAUGAAUCAGAACGCUACUGAGCCUGUGGCAGUCACUGAGACCCUGGCCGAGGUACCCGAACAUGUGCUUCGAGGACUUCCGGAGGAAGUGAGGCUGCUCCCGUCUGCUGUGGACAAGACCCGAAUUGGUGUCUGGGCCACUAAACCAAUUUUAAAAGGCAAAAAGUUUGGGCCAUUUGUUGGCGAUAAGAAAAAAAGAUCUCAGGUCAAGAAUAAUGUAUACAUGUGGGAGGUAUAUUACCCCAAUUUGGGAUGGAUGUGCAUUGAUGCCACUGAUCCAGAGAAGGGGAACUGGCUGCGAUAUGUGAACUGGGCUUGCUCAGGAGAAGAGCAAAAUUUGUUUCCAUUGGAAAUCAACAGGGCCAUUUACUACAAAACCUUAAAGCCAAUCGCGCCGGGCGAGGAGCUCCUGGUCUGGUACAAUGGGGAAGACAACCCCGAGAUAGCAGCUGCGAUUGAGGAAGAGCGAGCCAGCGCCCGGAGCAAGCGGAACUCCCCGAAAAGCAAGAAAGGGAAGAAAAAAUCCCAGGAAAAUAAAAGCAAAGGAAACAAAACUGAAGACAUAAAGCUGAAGACAAGUAAGCCAGAUUCCAUCCCUGCAAAUAUGAGAGAUUCUGCAGAAGGUCCUAAAGAAGAGGAAGAGAAGCCUUCAGCUUCAGCGGUUGAACAGGCAGAUGUUCUUCAAGAGGUGGUUAGCCAGGAUGCACUUCCAGAAUUAACAGUCCCUUCCCCUGCCUCUGAGCCACAGACAGAACCAGACGAGAAACUAGAAGCAACAAAUUGUGAGGCAAGUGAUUUGGAGGACGAAGAGGAGGAAGAAGAAGAUGAAGAUGAUGAGUUGGAGGAAGAGGGGGAGGAAGAAGCUGACAUGCCAAAUGAAAGUUCUGUGAAAGAGCCAGAAAUACAGUGUGAUGAGAAGUUAGAAGAUUUAUUAGAAGAACCAAAAAAUAAUUCAAAAGAAAGUCUUGAAGACUCUCCAGAGGUAGCACCUGUUAUCAGAAUUCCCAAAACUAAAGGAGAACCCAAUGGUGAUGUAUAUGAAACAUUUAUGUUUCCAUGUCAGCAUUGCGAGCGAAAGUUUACAACCAAACAGGGGCUUGAACGUCACAUGCAUAUCCAUAUAUCUACAUUCAAUCACGCUUUCAAAUGCAAGUACUGUGGGAAAGCCUUUGGCACACAGAUUAACAGGAGGAGGCACGAGCGUCGCCAUGAAGCAGGGUUAAAGCGAAAACCCAGCCUGACACUACAGCCAUCAGAAGACCUCGCUGAUGGUAAAGUAUCUGGAGAGAAUGUUACUCCUAAAGAUGAAUCAAAUCCUCCCAAUCUUGGGCAAGAUUGUCUGAUCUUAAAUUCAGAGAAAGCUUCCCAAGAAACAGUAAAUUCUUCUGUUGUAGAAGAGAAUGGGGAAGUUAAAGAACUUCAUCCAUGCAAAUACUGUAAAAAGGUUUUUGGAACUCAUACUAAUAUGAGACGGCAUCAGCGUAGAGUUCACGAGCGUCACCUGAUUCCCAAAGGUGUACGGCGAAAAGGAGGCCUCCUAGAGGAGCCCCAGCCUCCAGCAGAGCAGGCCCAGUCCACCCAGAAUGUCUACGUACCAAGCACAGAGCCUGAGGAGGAUGGGGAAGCAGAUGAUGUGUACAUCAUGGAUAUUUCUAGCAAUAUCUCUGAAAACCUGAAUUACUAUAUUGAUGGUAAAAUUCAGACUAACAACAGCACUAGUAAUUGUGAUGUGAUUGAGAUGGAAUCUAAUUCAGCGGACUUGUAUAGCAUAAAUUGUCUGCUUACUCCAGUGACAGUGGAAAUUACUCAGAACAUAAAGACCGCACAGGUCCCUCUAACAGAGGAUCUUCCUAAAGAGCCUUCCAGCAGCACAAACAGUGAGUCUAAGAAACGAAGAACUACCAGUCCACCUCUGUUACCCAAAAUUAAAGCUGAAACAGAUUCAGACCCUGUAGCACCCUCAUGCUCCUUAAGUCUGCCUCUUAGCAUAUCAACUACAGAAGCAGUGUCUUUCCAUAAAGAAAAAAGUGUUUAUUUGUCAUCAAAGCUCAAACAACUUCUUCAAACCCAGGAAAAACUAACUCCUCCUACAGGAAUUUCAGCAGCUGAGAUGCCUAAACUGGGCCCUCCUCCUGUGUCCACUCCUGCGUCAAUGUUACCUGUGACCUCAAGUAGGUUUAAGCGGCGGACCAGCUCUCCUCCCAGUUCUCCACAACACAGUCCUGCCCUUCGAGACUUUGGGAAACAAAGCGACGGUAAAGCAGUGUGGACUGAGGCAGUCCUGAGUUCCAAAAAACCCAAAAUGGAAAGUCACAGCAACUCCCCAGCCUGGAGUUUGUCUGGGAGGGAUGAAAGAGAAACUGUGAGCCCUCCAUGCUUCGAUGAGUAUAAAAUAUCUAAAGAGUGGGCAGCCAGCUCUACUUUUAGUAAUGUAUGCAACCAGCAGCCACUGGAUUUAUCCAGUGGUGUAAAACAGAAGGCGGAGGGUGUAGGCAAGACUCUGGUCCAGUGGGAAUCUGUGUUAGAUCUCAGUGUGCAUAAAAAGCCCUGCAGUGACUCUGAAGGCAAAGAAUUCAAAGAGAACCAUUUGGUGGCGCAAACCUGUAGUGCGGUAAAGAAAAAGAAACCAACCACCUGCAUGCUACAGAAGGUGCUUCUCAAUGAAUACAAUGGUAUCGAUUUACCUGUAGAAAAUGCUGCAGAUGCGACCAGGAGCCCAAGUCCUUGUAAAUCACUAGAGCCUCAACCAGACCCUGACCUUGGUCCCGACUCUAGUUUAUCUGCCCCUACUGCUGAGUCUCCACCUGAUGUUUCUCCUUCAUCACCCCCACUGCAGACAUCUUCCCUUUCUUCUGGUCAGCUGCCUCCUCUCUUGAUCCCAACAAAUCCCUCUUCCCCUCCACCCUGUCCUCCGGUCUUAACUGUUGCCACGCCACCCCCUCCACUCCUUCCUACCAUUUCCUUACCUCUCCCAGCCCCCUCUUCUGAUGCAUCUCCUCACCCAUGCCCCUCGCCCCUCUCGAAUGCUACCGCACAGUCUCCACUUCCAAUUCUUUCCCCUACAGUGUCUCCCUCUCCAUCUCCCGUCCCUUCUGUUGAACCGCUCACGUCUGUUGCAUCACCUGGGCCUCCAACACUUUCUUCAUCUUCUUCCUCAUCAUCUUCCUCAUCUUCCUUCUCUUCCUCCUCCUCCUCCUCUUCCCCUUCACCGCCUCCUCUUUCAGCGGUAUCAUCCGUUGUUUCCUCUGGUGAUAAUCUGGAAGUUUCGCUUCCCAUGAUAUCUUUCAAACAGGAAGAGCUAGAGAAUGAAGAUCUGAAACCCAGGGAAGAGCCUCAGUCUUCAGUUGAACAGGAUGUUGUUCAGGAAACAUUUAACAAAAAUUUUGUUUGCAAUGUCUGUGAAUCACCUUUUCUUUCUAUUAAGGACCUAACCAAACAUUUAUCUAUUCAUGCUGAAGAAUGGCCCUUCAAAUGUGAAUUCUGUGUGCAGCUGUUCAAGGAUAAAACGGAUUUGUCGGAACAUCGUUUUAUGCUUCAUGGAGUUGGGAAUAUCUUUGUGUGUUCAGUUUGUAAAAAAGAAUUUGCUUUUCUGUGCAAUUUGCAGCAGCACCAGCGAGAUCUCCACCCAGAUAAAGUGUGCACACACCAUGAGUUUGAGAGCGGGACCCUCAGGCCCCAGAACUUUACAGACCCGAGUAAGGCCCACGCGGAGCAUAUGCAGAGUUUGCCAGAAGAUCCUUCGGAAACAUCUAAAGAAGAAGAGGAGUUAAAUGAUUCCUCGGAAGAGCUUUACACGACCAUAAAGAUAAUGGCUUCUGGAAUAAAGACAAAGGACCCAGAUGUUCGAUUGGGUCUCAACCAGCAUUACCCAAGCUUUAAACCACCUCCAUUUCAGUACCAUCACCGAAACCCUAUGGGAAUUGGUGUGACGGCCACAAAUUUCACCACACACAAUAUUCCACAGACUUUUACUACUGCCAUUCGCUGCACAAAAUGUGGAAAAGGUGUUGACAACAUGCCUGAAUUACACAAACACAUCCUGGCGUGUGCAUCUGCUAGUGACAAGAAACGGUACACCCCCAAGAAGAAUCCAGUCCCUUUGAAACAGACAGUGCAACCCAAAAAUGGUGUGGUGGUUUUAGAUAACUCUGGGAAAAAUGCCUUCAGACGCAUGGGACAGCCCAAAAGACUGAACUUCAGUGUCGAGCUCAGCAAAAUGUCAUCUAAUAAGCUCAAAUUGAAUGCAUUGAAGAAAAAAAAUCAGCUUGUGCAGAAAGCAAUCCUUCAAAAAAACAAGGCUGCCAAGCAGAAAGCCGACUUAAAAAAUGCUUCUGAGUCAUCCUCUCACAUCUGCCCUUAUUGUAAUAGAGAGUUCACUUACAUCGGAAGCCUGAAUAAGCACGCUGCUUUCAGCUGUCCCAAAAAACCUCUUUCUCCUUCCAAAAAAAAAGUUUCUCAUUCAUCCAAGAAAGGCGGACACUCGUCACCUGCUAGCAGUGACAAGAACAGUAACAGCAACCACCGCCGACGGACAGCGGACGCAGAGAUUAAGAUGCAGAGCACGUCGACUCCUCUGGGCAAGACCCGAGCUCGCAGCACCGGCCCUGCGCCUGUACCGCUGCCCUCUUCGUCCUUCAGGUCCAAGCAGAAUGUCAAGUUUGCGUCUUCAGUGAAGUCCAAGAAGCCAAACUCCUCCUCUUUAAGGAACUCCAGCCCGAUAAGAAUGGCCAAAGUAAUGCACGUCGAGGGGAAAAAACCCAAAGCUGUGGCCAAGAAUCACCCUGCUCAGCUUGCGAGCAAAGCAUCCCGGAGCCUGCACGUGCGAGUCCAGAAAAGUAAAGCUGUUCUACAAAGCAAAGCCGCCUUGGCGAGUAAGAAGAGAACAGACCGCUUCAGUACAAAAUCUAGAGAACGGAGUGGGGGGCCAAUCACCCGAAGCUUACAGCUGGCUGCUGCCACUGAGGCAGGUGAAAACAGGAGAGAGGACAGUGGUGCCAAGCAGGAGCUGAAGGACUUGAGGAACUUCCUGUAGAAAAGCCCCCAAAACAAAACAAAACAAACCUUAAUUGCCUAAGUAACGAUAUUGCAUGCUCAACUUAGGAUAAGCACUACGGCAAAGGAUACGAAAUCUACCAAGCUUGCAAGACCAGUUGAAGCUGACUCACAAAUCCUAACACACAACUGAUUGCCAGCAGGCUUCUUGUUAUCCUGGUUAGAGUCAGGCAUCUGCUUCUUCGGUGGUGCCCAACACCCGUGCUGGGCUCCCAAGUGAUUGAGAUCCAAAGAGGAGGGUGCCGUAAGAUGGGCUAGAUGAACUGGCUCAUCGUCACUGGACUGGGAACUCAGCUCUGAGUGUGGCCCUUGCUUUUGGCACAUAGCAGAGGAAAGAAUGUUUUGAACUCAACCUUGCAAAGCAAGCUCCCUGUCUUAUCAGUAGUUUGUUGUAGAUUUCAGGGAUGACAAAUUCUGAUGCACUCAUUUUAAAAUGUUUUGGUCACACACCAGCUCCUUGAUGCCUUUCUAUUAAAUGAACUGUAGACAGAGAGAGGCAUUUCGCGUAUCUCUCGCCCUGUUUUUUUAUUACAAGCAGAUUGCCAGCAUAAUGGAGAGGAAACCAGAUUGGAUAUGGACUUUUUUUAUGUUUCUCCUAGUGUCAUGUUUAUAUAUCCAAAUGGAGAUUAUUCUCUCAGUUUAUUAUCUGGCACUAAUUUAUAACUGUUGUAUUAUCAGAUACUAUGUAGCAAUAUAUCAGUGCACAGGAUGACGCCCAGGCCUGUAUAGAUGUGUGUCUACGCGUAAAUGUCCAUGAAUUUAUGUUCCAGGUUUUACCCUUCGGUCUCUAAUAGAGAUUAAAAACAACAAAUUGGCUUCUUCUUCAGUAUAUAAAUAUCAUUUCUCCAAGCAUUUAUAGGCCCCUCCCCUCAAAUUAAUAAAUGAGUUGGUGGAAAAUGGCUAGGUUUUAUUCAUAUCGUUUUUUGUUCUCAACUUUAAAAAGUAAUCUACCUCUUAAAAUUUGUAGUGUGAUACUUGUUUGGUGAAUUUGUGCCACUUUAACCCUUUCACUAUCAUUCCCAUUUUGUUACAUUUCUGUUAUGGGGUCUUUAUGUUGAAAUAUUGUAUAAAGCAUUUGUAGCAGUUUAAAAAUAAAAUAUUUAAAAUUAUUUAAAUUGUUUUGGACGCUUCAAUUGUAUUAUAUGUGAUUUACAUUUUACAUGAAAUUCUUUUCGUUUUGUUUGCGUUGUUAACCUGGAGAGUGUUGUUCCUGUAUUGAAGUUUGCUGUUAGUUACUUUACUGUUUCUUGUUGGAGAGUGAUACAAAAGACUAUUCUAAUGAAAACAUUAAAAUUUGCCAUUUGACAUACAAAAGGGGUUGUCCGUUGAUUUAACCAUUGUAGCCUUCAGAGAAAGAGAGCAAUAUUAAGUACAGACAAGUUAAGAGUGCUGUUUGCUAUUUUUCCCCUUCUAGCAUGAAAUAAGUCAUUUGAGCUUGUCAGAUGUAUAAAAAAGAUUUUUUAUGCUGUUGCUAGCAAGCACUUAAUAAAUAGGAGGGGAAUUCCAGUGAUACAUUUUAUAUAAUUGUAACCAAAUAAAAAAGAACUUUCUAAACACUUGUCAAAGGACUGCAUUUUGUACUUAAUUCCGGGCAGUUAAGAGGAAAAAAUGAAAAAAUGAAGGUGCACGUAGGAGGAUUGUUGAAGCAGUGCACUUAGUCAGCCUCAGCAGCCUCUUUUCACUUGUUUCUAUUUGGCAUUAACGGAAUAUUUGUUGAUUCAGAUUGCUGCAUACUAUCUAGGGGUAGACAUGCAGAGGGGCAGUGGUACCAUGUGGACUUAUUUUGGUCAGAGUGAAAUAAAGAAUUUCAUCUGUGGGGUCUCAGCUUCCUCUGUGCUUGCUGACAGUUCGACUCUAGUUUGUGGAUUGAUUUUUGUUUUUAUGGAUCCCUGGACAAGCAAACAAGCUGUCACAUUUACAUUAAGUUUGGUUAUGUGUAGUUGCUGCUUUCUCAAUUAAAAAUGGUUGACUAUAAGCUGUACAUAGUCCAACAUCGUAUUUAUAGCACUUGUUCCAAUGCAUCGUUGACAUGUGUUAUGUUUCAUUCCUUCUUAGGGGAAGGUGGUAAAGGUGGAAUCUACCCUCCCUCAGCCAGAUGUUCACUUUUCUGGCUUUAAAUCCUCUGUUAGAAAAACCCAGGGAGGAGGAGGGUGUUGUGUGGGAAGAAGGGGAGAGGCUGAUGGCGUUCCAAACGGCCUUCGGUAUUGGUAGUUGCGAAUGCUCUACUAAAAGGAGCCGUGGAUAGGCAGUAGGGCCCUGGUGAGGAGCUGAGGGAUGUGAGGUGGAAAGAAGGCCCACCUGGGAAGGAGAAGUGGGUUUCCAUCUUAAUGCAUCUGCUUGCUGUUGAUUCAUCCCUCCAUCCGCCCAGUCAACAGGCAUACAACAAGGGUUGUCCACAUCCGUGCAUCGGUGGUAUAACCGUGGGCGAGUUAUUUUGCCUCCUGAUCUUAGAUCCCAGUCUGCACAAAGAGGGCCACCGACAGCACAUCCUCACUGGCAGCAGAGCAAGGUCCAUCUCGUUCUCCACACUGCUUCUGGGUGCUUAGAGCAGGGCCUGGAGCAGGGUAGGCACUCAGGUAUUUAUUGAAGGAGGGAGUGUCUGAGAAGUCACUUAACUCCAUCUAACCAGGAAGGAGCUGCCCCGUCUGCGUUAGCUUUACUUGUUGUAGAGUUAAACGCUUAAUGCUAAUAAUUGAAACCGUAUGUCUCUAUUAGGGUUUUGAUGCAUCUCAAAGUGUUUCUGAUUAUAAAUCUCUCUCUAGCUUGGCUAUUUUAGGCGGAUUUGUUAAAAAAUACUUUCUAGAAAGAUGUUUUAUGGUAUCAAACAUUUAUUGAGCACCUGCUCAAUAUGCUAUGCUGUGUUCUGAGUGCCUGGAAUCCAUCAGUCAAUAAAAUGGACAAAAAUCCAGGCCUCUUUGAAGUGUAUAUUUGUAUGGUGCCUUCCCCCCUUCUUUUUUU